GAGGAAGUUAGACUUAUACGUUGUGAGGUGUUCGCCGAUCCCUUCAAGGAAGCACGAGAUCUACUCAUAUCCGAACGCUCCAAAAUGGCAUCUAAGGCCCGGGAGUCGACAAGCGACACCGCAGGUUAUUCGGAUCCUGGGUUUGCUGGGCCUCAGAUAAACAGAGUUAAGCCGGGCAACCGGCGCGAGGAGGAGGCAGAGGAGGCCAAGUUACGGUUGCUCAGCAUGCAGAGACAAAUUACGUGGAAGCCGUUCCGUUGUUUAAUCUUGCCCCAUUUGCUCGGCCUAACUUUUCUUAGCAGAUCCCACCUGGUGAUGUCGGCCAUGUACCGUAAGGGACAUCCCGUGUCGCACAUGUAUACGGCAUUGUACGUUGGAGCCCAGAACCAGAAUAGGAGGGGCGAAUUACAUGCCAACUUGACCACCUGCAUUAAAUCAAUCGAGCACGCAAAGGUAUCAAAAGAAUUCGUACUAAGUUACUCAUGUCAGUUGCGCAGCGAGGGCAUCGAUGCACCAAAGUCGAUCCCACAAGCACCGUCAAUAAAUGUGACUCUCCGCGAAGGCGUCGGCAAGUUCGUCCCUCUUCGUGACAAAGAAGACAGGACUUUGAGACGAAAGCUGGCGAGCGAUGGCGACAUGGAGAAUAAGAGGAGAAGGAUGAAGGCGAUUCCACGGUCGACUCUUAUUGACUUCAGCUCAUGGUGA